AUGACAAAGAAUCACUCCUUAAUUUUUGAAGAAAACUUAUCUGAAAACUUCCUUAGUGAGGGAGCAAUCACAAAGAAAAUUAAGAUUAGUGAGAGGAUUAAUAUCAACAUGAAGAUGUCUUCUUUUAAAAUUUCUAAUCUGCAGAAGGUAAUCUCAGACGAUAAAGUUCAAGCGUUACCCUUUUGUGGUACUAAAUCUCGGUUUUAUGAAAAGACUGGUGGUGAUAAAAAAUUUGCUAACUCAUUUAAAGCCAAAGAGAGUCACUCUUUCAGAAAUAUUUCUGAAGAUAUUGGAAAUCAAGCAUGAGCCAAAAGAGUAUCUAUUAAAAGUGAGAUUAGCUUUUUGCUAAAAAAAUCAGCAGAACUUAGAGAGACAAGAAAGCUUAUAAUGAAGAAAAAGCAAAGCUUAAUGAAUGUUCCUAUUGAAGGUCUGGAGAUCCUCAAUAUUAACUGUGACCAAAAGGAUUUUGUCACUUUUGGAGCUUAA